UUUAUUGGAUUUUACUUAUUAUGGCGACAAGGAAAAGAAUAAUGAUUCAGAUGCCUAUAAUACUAUUAUAUUGGUUCAUUUAUUCGGGAAUUUCAUAUAACGGAUAUAACGGCAGGGAAAAGUGUUUUUGUUUCUGCCUAUGAUACAAAAGAGAACGAACAUCAAAACACUCGGCAGUAUGCCUUACCAAUCAGAUAGCCUCGUGUUUUGAUGCUCUUUCUAUUACAUGUUUGACAUCCUUAAAGAAUUGACGCUUUUAACUGCAUGACUUUGGGAAACCAAUUUCGCGAAUUUACUUUUUUAACUUGACCAUUUCACGAUUUCACCUGAAUUAUUUUUUUUCUUUGAAUUCGUGCGAUUGCACUCAUGAAGUUGAUAACAUGAGGGUUUGAAAUCGUAUAUUCAUUUCUAGUUGAAAAUAUUUAUUGACGGAGUUACAAUGUCCCUUCCGUUCUUCCGUAGAUAUAUUUAUACUCUUCCCACGGUUGUACUUUGAAGCGUUUAACACUAUUGUAUUCAUGUUUUGUAUAAUUUUGGGGAUAGCUGUUUUCUUAACAGUGCAUGAAAUUCAGUAAUAAAAAAGUGAUAAGGAUUUUGUGAUGGUGCGUUAAAAAGCGGUUGUCGUCUGAUCCAAUGGAGAACGAUGCAGCUGUUGACUCAAGGUGGAGCUGGGUGGUUGCUAUGGCAGCAUUUUUGGCCCAUCUUAUUACUCAUGGAAUUGUCUACUCGUUUGGCAUUCUUUUCCUGACGUUGCAAGAAAAUUUCAAAGGCACAAAAGCGGAACUAUCCUGGAUACCAUCCUUAACAACGGGUUGCCUUUAUUUAAUCGGUCCAGUAGCAAGUAUCUUAAUCAAUCGGUACGGAUGUCGGACAGUUACAAUUUUAGGCGCUAUUCUUGGAUGUAUUGGUUACCUUACAAGUAUAUUCGUUCAACAAUUGUUCGUGCUUUACUUUACCCUGGGAAUAGUUGCAGGAUCCGGGUUUGGAAUGGUCUUUCUACCAUCAAUCAUCAUAGUUACAAAGUACUUUCACAAGUACCGAUCACUGGCUUGUGGUCUCGCGUUAUCCGGCGCAGGUGGUGGUGCCUUUAUUUUAAGCCCACUUAUAGACCUUCUUAUCGAUACGUAUGCUUGGAAAGGGACACUACUCCUGCUGUCGGCAAUUAUCUUAAACUGUAUACCAUGCGCGCUGAUAUUCCGCGCACUUCCGAAACAAAACUGUGCCAACCGUACACAAGUUCUUGGUGAUACGACAAAUUGUGAUGAAGAGAAGAUAUCGUUUUUAAAUGUUAAAGAUAGUCAUUGCACCGGAGAAAAUACAACAGACGAAAAUACACGUGACGUUAAUUUUGACAAAGCUAAAAAUAAAUCGGGAUCAAAGAAUCAACUAGCGGGUCAAGGUCAUGGUGACUAUCGUGAUGAACCGACUGACUCGGUUGUAAUCGAAAUUGUCCGAGAGGAUGCUUUAAGCGGAAAGAAUAUUCAGCAAAUCGACUGCUCAAAUGACAUUUAUUUUUCAAAAGACAGUAAUGAGGUCAUAGGAUCGACUCAAGAUGGCAUCGUUGAGCGGUAUAAAACACUUUUUCGAUGCACAGAAGUUGUAGUGUUUUUCUUCACACAGUUCCUGUUUUUUGCUGGUUUUUAUAUUCCGUUUAUUUACAUUCCUGAUAAAGCAACAAGUGAUGGAGUAAAUGGUGACAGUGCAGCUUGGAUUGCCUCUACAAUUGGAAUCUCUAGUAUUGCUGGUAGAGUAGUGCUGGGUUAUGUAGCCGACAGACCUUUUGCAAAUAGAAUGACAAUGUUUAAGAUUGCCCUGGUGAUUAGUGGAAUCAGUACAGCUCUUUUGCCUCUUUUUGAAACAUUGUGGUUGUUCCUCGUGUAUGCAGUUAUAUAUGGCAUUUCUUCAGGUAUAACUCUAUCAUUAACAUCAGUUGUGUUGGCUGAUAUAACGGGUAUCAAUCUGUUGGCAGAUGCGAUGGGUCUAAACAAUCUUUUUAGUGCAUUUGGUUCUUUACUUGGACCUCCAAUUACGGGACUGCUGUAUGACGUAACACAGACGUACACGGCCUCGUUUCUAGCUGCAGGAUUUGCAAUGACAACUUCCGGUAUAUUAUUGGUUCUCGUUUCAUUCUGCCGGAAACAGAGCUAAUACCAUUGUUCUUACUAUCAUUAUUUCAUUGUGGAAUCUCAAAAUCUCAAAAGAACAUGUUAAAUA